AUGAUAGAUCAGCAUAGUGUAUCGGGUACUAAACUUUUGACUGUUUAUUUCUCCUCUCUUUUCUCAGGUAUAUCUAUUGGAACAGCAAGCUUUCUCAUAGGAAGCUUGCUUUUUAUUCUUUUGUUUCGCCGGCAGAAAAUAUCUUAUGGACUAUUUUCUUGGAAGAAGAAAGCAAAGCAUGCCCAAACAAUUGAAGCCUUUCUGAAAAAAUACCAUUCUCUAGCUACAAAACGUUAUACAUACUCUGAUAUAAAGAAAAUAACCAAGUCAUUUAGUGAAAAACUAGGUCAAGGUGGUUAUGGCAGUGUUUACAAGGGUAAAUUGUUUGAUGGCAAUCUAGUGGCUGUGAAGGUCUUGGAUGAAACUAAAAGUAACGGCGAGGACUUCAUCAAUGAGGUAGCUGCCAUUGGAAAUACUUCUCAUAUAAAUAUUGUCACUCUAAGAGGAUUUUGUGUUGACGGGCCAAAACGAGCACUGAUCUAUGAUUUCAUGCCCAAUGGUUCUUUAGAGAAGUACAUAUGCUCAAUGAAGAAUCCUACGGGAGAAGCUUCAAUAGGAUGGGAAAAGUUGUACGAGAUAGUAGUUGGUAUAGCUCGAGGGCUAGAAUACUUGCAUCGAGGAUGUAACAAUCGAAUUGUUCAUUUUGACAUCAAGCCUCACAAUAUCCUACUAGACGAAGAUUUCUGCCCAAAGAUUGCAGACUUUGGGAUGUCCAAACUGUGCCCUCCAAAACAAAGUAUAGUAUCAAUGUAUGGAUUUAGAGGAACCCCAGGUUACAUUGCACCCGAAGUAUGGUCGAGAAGUUUUGGUGUUGUCUCUAGUAAGUCUGAUGUUUAUAGCUACGGCAUGAUGAUUCUUCAUAUAUUUGAAGGCAAAAAUAGCACCAAUACAAGAUUCGAGAGCAAUAGUGAAGCUUACUUUCCUCAAUCGAUUUAUCAGCACAUCGACAAUGGGGAUUAUCUUCAAGAAAUCGGAGUAACGAAUGAGACUGAAGAAAUCGCAAGGAAGAUGAUGAUCGUUGGAUUUUGGUGCAUACAAACUAUGCCAGACGACCGACCCACAAUGACUAGGGUGGUUGAUAUGCUGGAAGGAGACACGGAUGAAUUGUCAAUUCCACAGAAGCCAGUCCUAGCAUCUCCUUUGGAUUCGAUACCAGGUCCUUGCAUUGCAUCCUCCGCUUGAAAUUUAUAAGUUAGAGGUAUAUUUCAGUGAUUUCACCGGUAAAACUUGGACCAGUUUUUUGUUGAUGAAAUAGUGGAUAAAAAUGUGAAUAAGGCCAAAUGGUCUAGUUAAUAAAACAUCAGAGAAAACCACAUUUAGUGGAAAAAUAAUUAGUUUUAGCAUAUGUGCGUCUACAAGAAGUGGUGUUUGGCGAUAUUUGAACUGGCUAGCUGGAAAAUUAUCAAGGUAUUCAGGUGAUUAAAGCUGUGCUUUUCUUCGCAUAGAUUAAUUAGCACCUGAGCUGCUCUUGUAUUAUACCGCAUUGCAUCGUCUUUGAUUCUUAACCUGAAUGA